GGGGAGGGGACCCAGGCCACAGGAAGGAGCUAGCAAGGACAGUGCCACGGUGACAGAUUGCCACGAUGGCGCUGCCUCUGAGGGCCUUGAAUCGUGGCUUUGCCAGCGCGGCCAAGGGAGACCACGGAGGGGCAGGAGCUGGCACUUGGCGCAUGGUGACCUUCAUGCUGGCGCUCCCCAGCGUGGCCCUCUGCACCGUCAACUCCUGGCUCCACUCGGGCAAUCUCCAGCGCCCCGAGUUCAUCCCCUACCACCACCUCCGCAUCCGCACCAAGCGCUUUGCCUGGGGGGACGGCAACCAUACCUUGUUCCACAACCCCCACGUCAACCCUCUGCCCACUGGCUAUGAGCACUGAGGCCCAAGCACACGCGGCGGGCCAAUAAAGGCUCAGAAGUCCUGUG